ACCCGGGAAUUGGGGUGGGUUCAGAGCUUACGCGGGUCUGGAGCUUGUAAACAGUUUAAAUGCCCACGCGUGAUGGACUGGAGCGAAGAGGGAUCAUCCCAUUCAGAGAUGGCAGUUAAUGUGUUUCUGAGUGCUGGGAGUUCAUAUAACCGCUAUGAGCUGCUGGCUUGGCUCAAUGAAACUUUACAGACAGGCUUCACUAAGGUGCAGCAGAUAUAUACAGGUGCAGCCUAUUGCCAGCUGAUGGACUGUUUAUUUCAUGGGUCUCUGGAACUUUCCAGGGUCCGGUUUCAAAGUAGUAACACAGUGGAUUUAAUACACAACUAUAGUUUACUGCAAGCUGCUUUCAGAAAAGUUGGAGUCGUCCGAUUCAUCCCUAUUGAGGCACUGAUGAAGAAGAACCCAACAGUGUCUCUGACCUUCUUAAGGUGGUUCAAGCUGUUUUUUGAUAAGAACUACAAAUGCAGGGAGUAUCAUGCACUGGAGGCCAGAGGAGGACAGAGUAUGAGAAUGGUUCCUGAUGACUCAGAUGACCUUUCCUCUGAGACCCCACAUCAGAAACUGGAGAUUAUUGUGAAGAUGGAUGGCAAAACAGCUGAAGAACAAAGGAAAGAGAAAUCAAGGGAGAUGUUGAACGGGAUUUCUGAAGUGAUAGUGCUGAUAUCUGAUGAUGAGGAUGAUGUGAUGGCUGUGGCAAUCGAGCCAAAACAAGACAAAAUGGAUGUCACAAAUAAUAAAGACUGUGAACAAGCAAAAGAGACAGUAGAGCAACCAGAAGCAGCAGUGGACAGGGGAAGGACUGCAAAUUGUUUCUACAGCAGUGACACCUUGCUGCGCUUCAUCAACAGAUAUUGUUCUGACAAUGUGGACUCAAAUUUGAGCACAGACGGCAAUAUUUCUGGCCCUUCACUUUCUGCUUUCAUGAGUACAUUCCACCUGAAAGACAUUGUCCAGGCCUGCUCAAAAACACCAUACUGCCUCUAUCUGUACAUGGGAGUGGACCUGGGUGAAGGACAGAGCACAAGCAUUGUCCUGAUUGGCUACUUUGACCAGAAGUUUGGGAACAGUGCAGUGAGAUUGCUGCACACUUUGCAGAUGAGUGUCGACACAGCGGAUUCGCAAUCCUCGGCAGACAGCGACACUGAGAAUGUCACAGCAGACUCUGAUGCACACCUUCUUCUUGACAUGCUGAAGACAUGGGAUCUCGCUCUGUCCAACCUUGCUGUGUUUUAUUGUGACGCCUCACACCGAGGGUUAAGCCAGAGGUUUAUGUCACUGCUCCGGCCAUACAGCCCAAGCUUAUUGUCACUCUGUGGCCUCCCUGGGAUUGCAGGAAGAGCCUGCCAGGCCGCACUAUCUGCCUCCUUCAAAUGUGUGGUUGACCUUGUGAAAGACAUCCAUCAUCAUUACACCACCUAUGCCUCUGUGAAUGACAGUCUAAAAGAGAUAUUUGCUGGCGCAGAGAAUUAUGACCCAUCCCAUCCUGUCUCAUCACAGUGUCUUUUUAUUAUCCGCACUGUGCAGAAGAUAGCAGUCAGUUGGAGGGAUUUAGUGGAGUAUUUCAAGUCACUGGGUGGAACCAAGGAUGCUCACCACAUUAGAACCCAGCUCAUGGAUUAUAAAGUUAAACUGCGCUUCCUCUUUCUCUCCCAAUCUUUGGAGCCCCUUCGAGCUAUUCAAGAACUACAGCAGUUUGGCCGUGCGAGUGUUGCAGUGGAGCUUCAGCUGGCCUCCAUACUGAUUAAAUCGUUUGCAGCCAGCAUCUUGAAGCCCUCAGUUGUUGAGAGCUUCCUCAGCAGACGACAGCUUCAUUUCCUCCACAGUGAUAAGGAGCUUCUCCCCAAAAUCAUGAUCAAUGUAGGCUCCAGAGCUUGGGAUGUAUUGUGUGCCACUGCUGUUGUGGAUCUGGGGGAACAGGAGAGGUGUGACUUCCGGGAGGACGUAUUUGCUUUCUAUAAAGCAGCACUACAGAGUAUAGUGGAGAGUGUACCUGAGCAGCUUGGUGAUGUGGAAUUGAAGAACAUUGUCACUGUGCUGAAACACCCAGAAAACAUUCAGGAUGACAGGUUGUCCAGACAAAUGCUGUCAGAGAUGGGAUAUCAACUGGGUGUGUGUAAUGCCAGUUCUCGUGAAACACACCAGCUGGGACAUGACUUCUUCACGUCCAUGAAGACAUUGAGGAGGGGACAAAGGAUCACAACAGGAGAAGGCCACGUCUGGACAAAGACUUUGAAAAGCAUGAAAGCGCACUCCACACUGCACAGAUUCAUUCUGACCCUCCUGGCCCUGCCAGACUCUCUCAACAGGAAGCAGGUGUUUUCUAUGGUGGUCAAGGCUCAACCACAGAUGUUAGCAGGAAAAUCCCACUACCGAAGAACCAAAAUUCCUGCCCGAGGCGGUUGUGGCGGCAAGAUCAAGGCAGGGGAUGAGGGAAGUUCGUCUGAGGAAAGUUCUGGUUUUGUGAACAAACCAAGUCGAAUUAUUCCUUCCACACACUCCAUGAGUAUGGAGGAUUCGGACUACACAGAUAAUUCCUCAGAUGUGGUUGAUGUUACCGAGUCCAGCAAACUUGAAAACCAACAGAGCCAGCAAAAUCCACCGUCAGAGAUUGUUUACAUUGUGGGCAGUGAUGAUGAUGGCGACAAUGACGCCAUGGUUUCAACAAACGAGCAGUGCAACUCAAAGGUAUUUUUGAAUGCGAAGGGGGAUCUGGUCUGGGGUAAAGUGGAGGGCUUUUCUCUUUGGCCAGCUAUCACCAUGAUCUCUGAGGGACAGACUCAACCUCCACAGAAGACGAUGGUAGAGUGGUACGGACAGAAAAUGUUCUCUCAAGUCGAUUUGCAGACUCUGAAACCAUAUGCUUCCUUUGCCAAGUUCUUCUGUGCCAACUCUUUUGCCACCAUCCACACCUAUAAAGAAGCCAUUUUCCUGUCACUGGAGGAAGCUGCGCUUCGGUGUAAGAAACACUUUUCUACGAGUCCAGGGGACAGAGAUGAGCUCCUAAGGCAGAUGUUGCACUGGGCUUUUGGAGGCUUUCUACCCACAGGAUCAGACGGAUUCAAAACAACAGCUCUCAUAAAUGGUGAUGAUAAAAGAAGCCACACGCCAAAGGUGAAGAAGAAACUCUUCCUGAAAGCAUCUUCUUCUCCACACUCCACCUCUGCGGGCUGUAAGAGCGAUACGAGUGCUGAGAUUAAAGACGUGACUGUCUCUUUAAAGAGAGAGUCGUGGGCCUCCACAAAGAAGUCCUCCUUCAAAAUAAGCAAUGGAAACACUGCUUUAGAAAGACUUGAUCUUGUGGGGAAAGGUACCAGAGGAGGGAUGAAGGAGAAGGUAUCCAGAGGGGGAUGUGCCUCUGCAAAACAUGACAAGGAAAGAUGGGAAGAGGAGAAAGAUAGCUGGGGAGGAGGAGGGUGGGAGAAGUUGAAAAGAGGAUGGGGUAGAGGGAGGGGUAGGGGAGGAUGGAGAGGAGGUAAGGGACAAGGGAAGAAAAGCAGUCUGCUUGAUGGGUUUGAUGACGACACAUCACCAGACUUUGUGCCGUUCAAGAAGAAGAACUUUGUCAAAACUUUGAACAAAGUCAACCAGUCUACCAACGUCUAUACCCAGCCAGACCAAAAAGUCAGAGAGGAGACCAUUAUUAGGAUCAAUGACAUGAAACUGAACAUUGAGGAUUUCUGUUUGUGUUGUGGCACUGAAGAUAUUGAGAUAUCUCACCCUCUGUUCAAAGGCAGCCUCUGCUUAAAGUGUAAAGAUAACUUCACAGAAACUCUGUAUCGCUACGAUGAAGAUGGAUAUCAGUCCUACUGUACCAUCUGCUGCUAUGGAAUGGAGGUCAUACUGUGUGGCAAUGAUAGCUGCUGCAGGUCUUACUGUAAUGACUGUGUAAAUAUCCUCAUCGGUCCAGGGACGUUUGAUACACUGACACAGGUGGAUCCGUGGAUCUGCUUCCUGUGUCAGCCUCACAAAACCCAUGGUGCUCUGAUCCCCAGGGAAGACUGGAGCAUCAGAGUUCAGGGAUUGUUCCCCAACAACAGUGCCAUGGCAUUUGAGCCACACCGAGUUUACCCGUCCAUCCCUGCCAACCAGCGCAGACCACUUCGAGUUCUUUCACUGUUUGAUGGCAUAGCAACAGGCUACGUGGUGCUGAAGGAUCUUGGCUUUAGGGUAGAGCAAUACUUCGCCUCAGAAGUCUGCGAUGACUCAAUUGCUGUGGCGACCAUUAACCACGAUGCUAAGAUAAUCCAAGUUGGUGAUGUGCGUGUCAUUACCAAGGAACAGAUUGAAGAGUGGGGUCCGUUUGAUUUGCUGAUUGGUGGAAGCCCCUGUAAUGACCUUUCCAUUGUCAACCCUAUCAGAAAAGGCAUCUAUGAGGGCACCGGCAGGCUCUUCUUUGAGUAUUACCGCAUCCUUCAGUUGCUGAAGCCCAAAGAAGAAGACCCCAGGCCCUUCUUCUGGCUGUUUGAGAAUGUCGUCUUCAUGAACACACAUGACAAAGUCAACAUCUGCCGCUUCCUUGAGUGCAACCCAGUUCUGGUGGAUGCAGUUAAAGUGAGUCCAGCCCACCGAGCACGUUACUUCUGGGGAAACAUUCCAGGGAUGAGCAGGCCCAUCAUAGCCUCCCAGAGUGACAGGCUAACUCUCCAGGACUGUUUAGAGAUUGGUAGACAAGCCCAGGUUACAAAGGUGAGGACGAUCACCACCAAUCCAAACUCGCUGAAGCAGGGCAAAUACGUGAAUCAGCUUCCCGUCCUCCAGGACGGCAGAGAAGACAACCUGUGGAUCACAGAGCUUGAAAAGAUAUUUGGUUUCCCCAAACAUUACACUGAUGUGCGGAACAUGAACCGACAGCAGAGGCAGAAAGUGCUGGGGAAGGCCUGGAGUGUGCCGGUCGUUCGUCACCUCUUUGCUCCCCUGAAGGACUAUUUUGCCUGUGAGCAGGUCUUGACAAUGUCCACCACAUCCAACAUGUCCACUUUGCCCAAUUCGUCCACUUCGUCCACUCCCCAUUCCUCCUUGUCCUGUCCUGCCUCCCCAGAACUACAGCAACUCAGAUAGAGGGAGGUUGAUUAUGUUUUAUACAGUGUGUGUGUGUGUGCCAGGAUUUCUCCUCCCUGUGUAUUAAGAACUUGCUGGAGCAUUAAUGACCUCUACUAUUUUCCAGCUCACAAACAAGCUUUUGUUGUUCACUGACACAGAGCCAUUUUAUCUUCUAUACCCACAAGUCUCUUGCAUUAUGUCACACAAGUAGUAUGUGUGUCAACCAGCCACUUUGGCCCCAAAGCCUCUUUUUGUCUUCGAGAAAACUGAGAAGGCAGAUUGUGCUCCAUCUUGUUCUUGGCUGAACACUUUAACUUCUUUAUUAUUUUCCUCAAAUGCUAAGAGACUGUCACUUUUGCUAUUAGCUUGCAAUCCGCAACACAUCUGUCCUGAGCUGUAAUUUAUAAUUACAGUGAGAUCACUCACAAUGGUUGAAAAUUUGUGCACAAGCAGAGGAAACUAAGCUAUCCAUGUAAAGGAUCAAAAUUCAUGUUGCAGCAUGCAAUGAUUUGUGGUGUUAACAGAUUGUACUGUACAUACUGUAUGUCUAUAUGGGGCUUUUCAUUUUAUUUUUAAAACUUUUUUAAAUGAUCCAAAAGUGUAUUUUUAGUGUGCUGCUACAUUUGAGUGAUUUUAAUCAUUUGGUUUGCCUUGUUUGAUAUUGUGUUGAAGACAUAAGAACUGCACCGCUGAGUUGUCAUAUUUAGAUCAUACUUGAUGUGUCCUGGACAAAUGCAGAACAUUAAAUAUGUUUAAUUCGUUUUAACUCUUUGCUGAUUCAAAACUACCUAUUACUAUUACUUUUAUUGUGAUAAAGAAAACGUGUUAUUUAGUUAUCUAACUAAUCAUUCAUGUGAAAAAUUGUAAAGUUUUUAACAUUGUUCAUGCCUAUUAAUAAUGAUUCAGUGGUUUGUAUUGUCUUUGGGGCUUUUUGCAAAUGCCCUCAUGAUUCUAGGAUGUUUCGGUACAAAACAGACAUUAAAUGAUAAAUAAUAAUAAUCUGCAGUUAACUUAAAUAAUUCUUUUAAUAAUUGACAGCUGAGUUUUUGUUUACAUUGCUGCUAUUUCUUAUGGUUAUUAUUGUUAUUUUUGAAUUGUAUUGACUUUUUAUCUGACUACUGUUCUGAAUCCCUAAAUAUGUGUUAAAUGUUAAGAUGUCAUUCUUUUUUGUGUCAAUAACAAUUUCAGACCACCAAGGCAUAUGUCUCAAACUGACUCUGGUAUAGAAUAAUAAUGUAACAUUAUGAACAUCAGGGGCAAUAUGGUCUGCACAGUGUUUUUGCACAUAAUAAUUGUAUUUGAAAGUUGAUGCUUGGAAAUAUCCAUCCCAUCCAUGAUGUAUGUGCUGCAUUACAAACUGUUAAUUGCUUGUUUUUUUUACCCAUUUUAUCUGUUGUCAAUACAUGUUGUGUAUUUAAGUAAGCAAUUAAGUAGAAAUAUGGAACCUUUGAUGAACAGUAGAAAAAAAUCUGAAUAAUCUUG